UAGUCAACAUAAUUGAUAAGAUGACGCAAAUAAAGAAGAGCGGAGCCUUUGCGCUCAUCGGGUGCGUGGCCGUCACAGUGCUGGCUUCCACAUAUGCCUUCCAUGUAUCACAAAACAACAAAACCGCUGGUCAGCAUGAUGCAAUGGUUUCAGAUGAAUCAAAACCGAUCAAUCAUGCCUCCUUCGCAGAAUUGGGUGUUUUCCUAGAACCCAAGAUGAUAUCUAAUCACGAUGGUAACAUGGUACCAUCGUUCCUCCACACAAGCCCUAUGUCUAUAGGCGCAGCAUAUGAUUCAGUCAGGCUUCCUAAGAAGGACAAGUUGUUCCAAGUUACCGGAAGCGUCGGCGGACUUGUUCAGGGUAACCCAGUAACGGUGAUACUUGGUACAAUGUUCGGAUCACGGUUUGAUAUUCUUUAUGAAUCCAAGAUAUCAGUCGAAUCACCCAUAUUCAAUUUUAUGGUUGUUAAAGGACGCUAUUACAUCAAAAUAGAGGCCUCAGGAUAUUACCUCCCUGGAGCCUCAAGGCUGCAAAGACCAUGUAAACGCGAUCCAUGCCCUUUCACCACUACUCAACAUCAACUUCAAGUGGAGCCAAUAAUGAAUAACGAUGGUGUAUACAGAUACCAAUGGGUUCUACAGGAAAGCGCUCAGUAUGGUAUAGAAAGCCUGACAAUGAUUGAUCCCAAAGAAGCUUCAGCUAUAAACGCAGAUACUCCAGGUAUUGAAGGGCUUCUGGAUUACAGUGAUGCGGCUGCAAAACUUAAGAUGUACUUCGGUAUAGAACUACACGGAGCAUGGGGAAGUGAAUAUGCCAGCAGGGUCUAUACUAUCCUAGACAAGUGGGACUGGUACAAAGAUUUGCACAAGAGGGAACCCAAACAGCAGAAGUGGGUUCUCACUGACGAGCCUUUGUAUCCACAAGAUGUUUCAAUCACCAGAUUUACACCUCAUAAUGAAAACCCACCAGAUGGAAACAUGGAUGCAAUGAAAUACACCCAAAUGGUCACAUUCUCGAGACAAGCCUUCACAUAUGCAGUUAAGAGAGCCCUUGAAAAAGGGAAAGGUAAUGGAAUUUACUUCUCCAGGAGAUUGCACAAAUCAAUAAUCAGAGCGUUAUGCCUCCACGAACCUAAAAUCAUGAGGGAGCUUUUUACUCACAUGCAUGACGUCAUUCUAGUGGAACCAACACAGAGGGAAUUAUUCUUCUACCAUGGUAUGCCAGUAAGUCCAUACCCAGAGAGCCACUACCAGUCAUGGUUCAAGCACCCCGAAGAACUUGUAGAGAUGGCAACAAGCUGGAGAGAAUUUCCCGCUGGGUUGCAAAAAAUCUCGGGACUUAAGUUCCUAUUCCGCAGAGUCGACGGUAUGGUAAACCCAGAAUCCCCAACAGCACCAGCUAUUGCCUACCCUAGAGGACCUGGUAGUCCGUCCUAUAUAGAGUUCAUGGAAUCAGGAUUUUACAAAUACCCAGAUGUGCCCCUGAUGGUUUUACAUGAAAUCGCGCACUUUGUUCACCAAAACGUAGUAACACCGGAGAUGUUCCAAAAAUGGCGCGAUGUCGGAGGGUGGUUCCGUGACACUAGAGAUCCGGAUGGAUGGAUCACUAGGCAGCAGACAGAAUUCGUUAGUGACUAUGGUCACAAAAAGAAUCCUGAAGAGGACUUUGCAACAUGCCUUACAGAUUAUGUACUAAGGCCAAACCUAUUGAGAAGUAGGGCACCCAGGAAAUACGAUUUCAUGCGCAACAAUGUUAUGAAUGGCGCAUACUAUGUAACUAAAGCUACGCACGAAUUCCUAGUGUUGAACUUAGGUAAUCCAGACUUUAUGUACCCUGGAAGAAUCACAAACGUGGAUAUCACCGUGACAGGGAAAGUAGACCAGGAUAAACAAGUCAAGUUUAUAAUUACAUUGGCCAACAACGGACCACAAUCGUGUGCUGUAAGUGGGAAAUUCCGCCUGGUGUCAUCAGUAGGCACAUUCCAUGACGUAGAGCUUGGUGGUAGAGGAUGUACCCAUACACUCGAAGGUAGCGUACUUAUUAACAAGACACAAAAACGUGGUGUAUGGACAACUGAUCAGAUUGUUCUCGUUGAUGAACAUCAGCUUCACCGCUAUGUCGGCUCAGCAGAUUUCGGAAUGCGUGUUUGGAUAGACAAUGUCGCAGAAGAUUUCAUCGAACCAAAGGCAAUUACUACGUCAAUCGGUCUACACCUACUCAACACUAAAGAUGGCGGUGGAAUAGCCCGUGCAACAUGGAUCGUCGCUGACGCCGGUGUCCUUCGUGAAAAAUCAUGUGGAUUUGCUUCCGUAUACAGCAUAACUUCGCAACAGUAUUCAUUAGGAAGCUAUGCAUAUGGUUUAAACACAACAGCAGGUCCAAACCCUGACUGGCGUAAGGGUAUAUGGAAUGGUUGUAGACAGGUGCCCUCGCGAAUGUGUGAUUCCAGGUGGGUACAAAGCCAUGAGAUUGACGGUAGUUUGAACUUCAAUAAAUUCGCAUUCGAUGACGAAUUACAUUUCGAGGGACUCAGCGCCAAUGAAACCAAUGCAAAUGUGUGUAACUGCUUCCAGGUAGCAGUGAACAUCCCUCUGAGUAAAGCAGCGCGUUCUGGCAAAUACUUCCUCAGUAACGUGAGCUCAUUCGACUCAGCAGGUAACUCACAGAUGCUUCAAUGGCCACGUGAAAAGGGACCAUUCAUUGAAUAUAACAGUGGUAGAGCUAUAGAAGAUAAUAGCAAACCCGAGUUGAGGAACGUCCGCGUAGACAGUGCUCCAGUAGACGUACAACAUCCUAACGGUGAGACUGUGGUUAACAUCGAUUUUGACGUGCGUGACCCACAGAGUGGUAUAGCUGGUAUUAUAGCACUCUUGCGUGACCCGUUCGGUGCUGAAUACCAAUUCCAACCUGAUUUCAACAAAAACGAAAAUAACUGGCAACGCGUCUCAUACAGAUAUAUGUUGCCCAGAGGAUCAGUACCUGGUGUUUGGCAUCUAGCUUACAUUGUCAUCUAUGACAAUGCAGGAAAUAACCUUACAGCAGAUUUGAAUGAACAGGUAUUGGUGCAAGCAGCAAGAUGAAUGCACGUAU